AUGCAUCGCGGGAAACACCGCCAACCUGCCGACUGGAACGACGAGAGCCAGAUAGCCGCAGCUCGAAUACGAAGCUCGUUAGGCGGGAGCGGCUGUACGAGAAACACACAUGUUUCAGCGAUUGAUGCUUCUGCAGUCUCCUUAGAAACGGUAGAAAAUCUUGUCACCCCUUUUGGGCCGACGUUGGUAGACAAGUAUUUUCGACAUCUUCACCCGACGUUCCCAAUCAUCCUCGAGGACAGUUUUCGAAGUGCAUACAGAACACGGAAGGGUAUUUCGGCUCUUCUCCUAGGGACGGUGUACCUUGUAGCCUUGAAAUGGCUAGAACCUGAAACCGGAAUACAGACGCUACGCCCGCCAGAUGCUGCUGGCCUCGAGGCUUUGGUUUCUAAGUAUCUGAACAAGUCUCUUUCUAGACCAGACUUACCCACUCUCCAGGCCGGCCUGCUUCUCUCCCAGAAAUCCUCUCUCUUCACGCCAAGGUUGAUGGCCCAGUUGGUGACAGCAGGAUUCGAUUUGGGCCUGCACCAAGACUGCUCCAAGUGGCAGAUGCAGUUCUGGGAGAAGGGAUUGAGGAAACGACUGGCGUGGGCUUUAUAUAUGCAAGAUAAAUGGUGUGCUUUGGUGCACGGUCGACCAUCACAUAUAUUCUCGUCCAACUGGACAGUAAUGGAUUUGACCAUAGAUGAUUUUGAUAAUACCACACGUUCCGCAGCCCAUGCUGCUUCUCAUGUUUCUGUUCCUUUUCCUUCCCCUACAUCACCCUCUGGCAUUGAGUUCGGUCCCAUCUUUUUCCGCCAGUUCGUUGCCCUGACCAGAAUUCUAUCCGAUAUCAUCGAAUCGUUUUAUACCCUCGAAGCCACCCGACAUUUCUCUGCUGCUGGCGAACAGCGUACCCAUCUUAUUUUAUCAAAAGCAAAGCCGCUUCAAAUCCAAUUAAAGGACUGGUUUGUCCAAUUGCCCGUCGAAUUGAAAGUAGACUCCGACUGUGUGGCGGGAUCUGGAGCAAAUGGUGGACUUCACCUGGCCUACUUCGCAACCGAAAUCACCCUUCACAGAUGCAUCAUCCGGUCUAUAGCACCAGAAACCACCGACCCUUAUCUCGCACAUAUCUGUCGGUCAGCGGCUAAGACCCGUCUUAUAUCAGCCAUGGAUUUUGUAAACCGCCUGAGGCCUGUUCACUUGCGAGCAUUCUGGCCUUCUGCUGCCAGCACCAAUUUCGCUCUCGUUGGCGCAUUUGGAGUGUUACUGCGGACGACGGCACAGACACAGGAGGAGGAAGAAUUCUACCGAGCCCGGCUACGUGAAUAUCGAUGGACAUUGAGCGUGAGCCGAAAAGAUGCAGAAUUUUUGACCUUUGCUAUAGAUAGCCUCGACGGGGUGACCAAGCUGUUGCGAAAUGAACCGCGUAAACCGGAGUUUCAAGAGUUCAUGAACAGCUCGUCUUCCUUCUCUCGCUCACCGGGUGUGGGCUUGAUGAAUCGCCAUGAUAGCAGACAUGCCCAUUUCUACGAGCAGCCAGUGGGAGCUGGCCGUAACCCGCACUCUGGUGAUAACUAUUACGGCUCUGACGAGUACGAACACCGACGGGGGUUCAAUGGACCGAAUCCUCGACCUGGUGCCUCAUCUGCGAUAUCUGGGCUGGUGUCCCCAGCUGCAUCUGCAUCAAGUGCGAGCACCAACCGCAACCAUGCCCAGUCUUGUGGUCGUCUGAAGCCUCGACCGAGCUGA